UCUGUAGAGCUGUGUUAAAGAUACUGGACUUUAACUCCUUGGUUAGAAAUAUUACUAUGGCAGUCAGCUGGUCUGCAAGAUGGAUGAUUGAGAUCAAAGGCUAUAUGUUAUGAUGUUUACCUUUUAAAAAGUAAAACCUAUUCUGAAUUUCACAGUGUGCAGCUUUCAGCUGGAAGCUACAGCAUGAACUCAUGCUCUCUGCCUUGGUUUCUGUCCUUUGCCGCUUUCCUCGUGGUUUCUGGUUUGCCAACUCCAGAAAACUUUGAUGUAGAUGGUGGAAUCAAUCAGGACAUAUUCGAUAUCAAUGAAGAUUUGGGACUGGAUCUUUUUGAGGGUGACAUCAGACUUGAUGGGGCAGAACAGAGAAAUUCCAUCAUUGGAGAAGAAUACAGAUGGCCUCAUACCAUUCCAUAUGUACUAGACGACAGCUUGGAAAUGAAUGCUAAAGGAGUGAUCCUUGAUGCAUUUGAACGCUAUCGCCUAAAAACAUGCAUUGACUUCAAGCCUUGGGCUGGAGAAGCUAACUAUAUAUCAGUGUUCAAGGGCAGUGGCUGCUGGUCUUCAGUGGGAAACAGGCAUGUUGGGAAGCAAGAUCUUUCCAUUGGGACAAACUGUGACCGAAUAGCAACGGUUCAACAUGAGUUCCUUCACGCACUGGGAUUCUGGCAUGAGCAGUCGCGUUCUGACCGGGAUGACUAUGUCAAUAUCAUGUGGGAGAGAAUUCAGUCAGGCAGAGAACACAAUUUUAACACCUAUAAUGAUCAACAAUCGGACUCUCUGAAUGUUCCCUAUGAUUAUACUUCAGUAAUGCACUACAGCAAAACUGCGUUCCAGAAUGGGACGGAGCCAACCAUUGUAACAAGAAUCCCCGACUUCAUGGAUGUGAUUGGCCAACGAAUGGAUUUCAGUGACUACGAUCUCCUAAAGUUGAAUCGACUGUACAACUGCUCCUCUUCCUUGAGCUUUAUGGACUCAUGCAAUUUUGAACUGGAAAAUGUGUGUGGUAUGGUCCAAAGUUCAGGAGAUAGUGCUGACUGGCAGCGGGUUUCCCAGGUUCCUGGGGGGCCAGAGAAUGAUCACUCCAACAUGGGCCAGUGCAAAGGUUCUGGUUUCUUCAUGCAUUUUGACAGUAGCUCUGUGAACGUGGGCGCCACGGCACUGCUGGAAAGUAGAAUACUGUACCCUAAAAGAGGAUUUCAGUGCUUGCAAUUUUAUUUAUAUAACAGUGGAAAUGACAACGACCAACUGAACAUCUAUAUCAGGGAGUAUUCUGCAGGCAGUGUGAAUGGUACUUUAACCCUUGUGGAAGAAAUAAAAGAAAUACCCAUUGGGAGCUGGCAACUGUACCAUGUAACACUGACAGUGACCAACAAAUUUAGAGUGGUGUUUGGAGGAAUCAGAGGCUCCGGUGCAUCGUUGGGUGGUCUGUCUAUUGAUGACAUAAAUCUUUCAGAAACAUGGUGCCCUCAUCAUAUCUGGCAUAUAAAGAAUUUCACACAGUUCAUUGGCAGCCCAAAUGGAAAACUAUAUAGCCCUCCAUUUUAUUCUUCUAAAGGUUAUGCCUUUCAGAUUUACUUGAAUCUAAACCAUUCGACUGAUGUCGGGAUAUAUUUCCACUUGAUCUCUGGAGCCAAUGAUGAUCAAUUACAGUGGCCGUGUCCUUGGCAACAAGCCACGAUGACACUCUUGGAUCAAAAUCCUGACAUUCGGCAGCGUAUGUCCAAUCAGCGGAGUAUAACUACAGACCCAUUUAUGACCAUUGAUAAUGGAAUCUAUGUUUGGGACAGACCUUCCAAAGUGGGAGGAGUGGCUUUUUUCACUAAUGGAACUCAGUUUAGAAGAGGUAUAGGCCUUGGAACCAGUGUCUUUAUAACCCACGAGAGGCUGCAAAGCAGAGAUUUUAUAAAAGGAAAUGAUGUUUACAUCCUUCUGACAGUGGAAGACAUAUCCCACCUUAAUUCUACACAAACGGAGCUGACCCCAGGCUCUACCACCAAGGACCUCUGUGCAAACAUCAUCUGUGAGAAUGACGGCAUCUGCACUGUCCACAAUGACAAAACCGAGUGCAGGUGUCCAUCAGGGGAGGACUGGUGGUACAUGGGAGAAAGGUGUGAAAAGAGAGGCUCAACUCGAGACACUGUUGUUAUUGCCGCUUCUUCUACUGCCGCUGUGUUUGCCCUGAUGUUGAUGGUCACCCUUGUCAGUGUCUAUUGUACCAAGAAGAAAUAUCAUAAAAAGACAAGUUCAAAAACAGCAGAUGAGAAUCCAGGAAAUGUAAGUGUGCCUGGUACUUGCUUAUUCAAAAGCUAUUGAUGAAAUUCUAUGGAGAAGUGGGACAUUUAUGUGUGUGUGAUUUUAUUGUGAUUAUAUAUAUGUAUAUAUAUAUCUCAUUGCUGUUGA